AUGAGACCACGACCUCCGUUACCUUCUCGCUCUGCUAAACCUUCUUUAUUGAAUUCCAGCAAUGAUGAUCAUCUCAUGAGCACUCGGAAGAAGGAGGACACCGAGUCAGAUGUAAAGCACGUGGAUAAAGAACAAAUUCCUAUCAUUAUUUCAACGACAACGGAUCAGUUGUCAGAAGAGGAUGAUGAGGAACAAUCAUCAGUUAUUAUUAAUAAUGAUGAUGAUGAUAAUGACGAAGAAGAGGAAAAACCUUUUCUGAACCGUCAACAAGGUAAUAAUACCCAACAACAAAAUAGAUUAUCCGUUCCUAUUUCUGGGUUUUCUGUGAAUCAUAAUUCAUCAAAUCCGAGUAGUAACAUCAAUGACACCACAUCCCUUCCCACGCAUCAAAUAUCGCUUACAGCAACGGCACAUCCACAAGGAAGCAAGAGACGUCUCUUACACAGAAGAGUAUUGAGUGGAAAUAAUCAAAUGAAUACUGCUCUCAGGUCACAACAAGGUGCAAUUGCACAAGUUGGAUUUAAAGGAAAGGAAAAAUUAAUAGGAUCUACCAAUGACUCCUCACUUAUUUCAACAAAUUCUUCACUAGCAUCUUCACAACACUUACUUACUACAUUUCAAGUUCAAUAUUUACAGCAAAAGAACACUAUUAGAAGAUGGCAAUGCUCAUUUGUAAUUUCAUUGAUAUUUGGAAUUUUAAUUGCUUCAUUAAUAUCUGCAUUAUGUGUGAUAUUUUAUGUGUUCAGGACCCCUUAUGUGUAUAUAGACCAAAUUUCCAUUACGAAAAUACCCCAACAUUCCGUUAUUGGAUUCUAUUUAACUAUUAACUCGUAUAACAACAAUUUGCAAACUGUUUAUUUAACAUCAAUUAAUAUUGACAAGAUAUGUGUUAAGGACAUAUCAGCUCAAACCUCCUAUGAUAUUUUGGCACAUCCCAUGUCAUGGGAUUUGGAGGGCAAUGGAACAAGUGUGGCAGUGGAGCAAUUUUUAGAUACAAGCUAUUACCUUAGUUUCAAUUUAAACUUGACAAGACAAGGCCUUAGUCAAGAUGUCAUCUCUAAAGUGACUACCCUUGUUGCUGAGAGUGUGUAUUCAACUUCAUAUGUGGAAUGGUCAUUUAAAGGAAGAGCCAAAGUGAAACUUGGGAAUGUCUUGUACAAGACUAUUGGUAUGGAAAAGGAACAACAAUACUUUUUGUUAUCUACUCAAUCGUGA